UGUUUGCUCUUCACGCCCCUCGGUGUUGUGGUUCUGCUCCUGCUGGAGUGCUCGUUAGAGUUGAGUGAGGAAGGACUCGGUACCGGAUCUCUCUCUCUCUCUCUCUCUCUCUCUCUCUCUCUCUCUCUCUCUCUCUCUCUCUCUCUCUCACUCUCUCACUCUCUGAAGAUGAGCAGUUUACAGGCGCUGCACGAGCCGCUCGGGAGGAUCAUCUCUGAACCAGUCGAAGAUGUUGAUCCCAGCAGCUUUAUUACAGACACGUCUCGCUCUCUGAAGUCCAACUACCCGGUCCAAGUCACUGAUCCACACGAUAACGUGACCUUACAGCUCAGUUCAGUGCCUCCAGGAUACCUCACACCUCUGAUGGACCGAAUACAGCAGCCUGUUGAAAAUGAAGCAAGUGCAUUAAUCUGUCCUGGUUCCAUUACUGCAGAGUUCACCCCAGAUUUCCAGUGCUUGUCGAGCUCCUGUGAGAAGUGCCUCUGCUCCAUACCACCUCCCAAAAUCAGCGACCUGCUGGACGAUGAAGAUCUCCUCUACACACUGCGGCUGAAGCUCGACCCUGCACACUACACCGUCAAGAACUGGAAGAACUUUGCCAGCCGCUGGGGCAUGAGUUACGAUGAGCUAAUGAUGCUCGAGCAGCAGACACGUGGCUCCGCCUACCACAGUCCCACUCAGGAGUUCCUGUUCCGCUUCAGCCAGAAACCAGUGACGGAGCUCACCAAACUCUGCCAGUUCUACCAGCGUAUUGAUGUACUACGGCUUCUUCAGCAGUGGGUGGAGAACGACUGGCCCUCACGCUGGAAGAGAGUGCAUUAGUAAAAUACAACAAAGGACAGAUAAUAAUAAAAGACUGACAUGAAACUUGUGCUUUCUGGAACCAGAGAUGGACAUGCUGCUUUCUGGAGUGUCUAUAUUACACAACCUAAUUUUAUUUCUUUGUUUAAUCUUUUUAAAUGAACAUUAACAGCAAAUGAUCCCCUGUUGCCAUGGUGAUGUUGAUCAGUAAAUCAGGGAAUGGAAGGCAUGCUGUAAAUAAUGAGUAAAAAUCCAUUCAUAAAGAACCUCCUCUUACAACAAUGCCACAGAUAUUUACGGACUGCCAGUUAUUACUGAACACUGACCAUGAGAGACCCCUACAGAUAACAGAGUGCAUUCUGGGUAAUACAAUGAAGGAGCAGUAUUAAGUAUAAAUACAACAAAAAUACAACAUGAAACAUUUUAUUCAAACACUAAGGCUGACAUGAUUCUUCUGAGGUUCCUAGAAAUAAGGGUUUCUCUCAGGUUCUUCUCAGGAUAGUCAGACUCAGAUAAGGAAACAAUUCCAGGAAUCAAGGUUCUGCACAGAACAUCAAAGGAUCCUAGAGAAGAACUAGAUUUAUGGAAUUAUGCCUAAACUUUACAGGGACGAUUUGAAAGAUCUCUCAAUGUUCUAUUUAGAACACUACAUGCAAUAUUUUAUAGGUCAGUUCCUCUGUGGUUCUUUUGAUACUGAAAGGUUCACUCUAAUCAGAAGCCUCUUCAUAGAACCUCAGAAGGACUGUAUGGUUCUUCACACUUCAUUUGUCAUGGUGAGAAAACCUGCUGUGUUUCGUACAGAAGUUAUAGAAGAAAUUAUUGAGUUCAACACAUUAAAUAACACACUAAUCGGUGUGAAAAUCGGUUGUGUGAGUCAUGGUAUGUCUUCAGCUUCAUGUCAGCAUUAGAUUAACAAAGUAAGCUAACAUUUAUAGCUACGUUCACUCACCAGAGGCUCCAGAGAAUUCUGUAACUGCUUUACUUUUCUUCCUAAAGUCCCUGUACAUGUUUAAUGAGAGCUUGUGUACAACAGGAGAAGAUGAAACCACACUCAGUCUUGAAUGGGACCUGGACAGAUUAGCUGAGGAAUCGUCCAGACAGUUUGGAUUUGUUACUUUACUGCUUCACACUUGAUUGUCAUAGAAUUCCAUAAAUGUGUAUUCAGAUUUCAUGUGUUAGGGUUAGGGUUAGGGUUAGGGUCUGGGUCUGGGUCUGGCUGUGUUCCUGCAGAGUCCAGAUGGAACCUUUCAUCCUGCACUGGAUCUUUUGAGUUCAUUUUGGAAAUAAAUCAUCAGUUUCAUUUGUCAUAUAAAAUUGGUAAAAUGAAAGAAUUUUUUUAUUUUUAAUUUUGCGUUUUCUUCAGGAAGUUUUACUAAAAUGCAGAGGCUAAAUGUGACCUGGAUCAUGUGACCUGGAUCAUGUGACCUGGAUCAUGUGACCUGGAUCAUGUGACCUGGAUCAUGUGACCUGGACCAUGUGACCUGGAUCAUGUGACCUGGACCAUGUGACCUGGACCAUGCUGACAGGAUAAUGUCUUGUCAUGGAGAAUUUCAUGAUUAUUACAAUCAGUUUGACUUUUAUAAUCUUUUAUAUUUUGAAACACUUUAAUAUGUAAACAGGUUCCAGACCAUAGAAAAUGUUUUCAAAAAUAAUAGAAAUAAUCAUUAUCAGUACUGAGUAAACUGUAAGUCCAUUACUCUUGACACAAUAGUUGUGUAAAAUUGUCCUUUGGUGUCAUUUGAAUUGCACUUAACCCUGAUUUUGUUUUUGUUUUGUUUUGUUUUUUAACUCAAAAGUCAAGUCAGAAAUUCUGGAUAUGAUCCUAACAGCUUUACAACAAUGAGACGGUUGUACACGUGGGCCACGUUGUGUGUGUUUGUAUA